CCCUACUCACGAACACGCGUGGAGGCAGCGUGCAGUCGCCAUGGUAACUACGCUGGCGGCCGCGGCCCUGCGGGGCGCCGCGGGGUCUAGGCUUCGCGGUCCCCGAGACGCGCGUAGGCUGAGCUGCAGCGCGCGGCUGGGCGCAGCUGGGGGCGCCAGCCCAGGACGCCGGCUGAGCACGGCGCGGGCCCGCCCAAGGACCCCGCGGGAGGAGACGGAGGGGGAACGCGCUCCGCUGCGCCCCGUGCGGCCGCGCCUCCCGCCGCCGGAGGCCCCCGCGGCACACCCGGGCAGCCGCUCGCAGGUGCAGCGCGACAUCCAGGCCUUCCUGAGCCAGUGCGGCGCCAGCCCGGGGGAGGCGCGCCAGUGGCUCGCGCGCUUCCAGACUUGCCAUCACGAGGAUAACCGGCCCUUCGCGGUCAUCGAGGUGGACGGCACAGUGCUUGGCUGCACGCGCGCCGUGUCCAGCCUGGCCUUCGCGCUGGCCUUCCUACAGCGCAUGGACAUGCGCCCGCUCGUGGUGCUGGGACUGCCGGCGCCCACCGCGCCCUCGGGCUGCCUGUCCUUCUGGGACGCCAAGGCGCAGCUGGCCCGCAGCUGCAAGGCGCUGGUGGAUGCACUGCGCCACAACGCGGCGGCCGCGGUACCCUUCUUUGGUGGGGGCUCGGUGCUGAGCGCGGCCGAGCCCGCCCCGCACGCCAGCUACGGCGGCAUCGUGGCCGUGGAGACCGACCUGUUGCGCUGGUGCCUGGAGGCGGGCAGUAUCCCGAUCCUGUGCCCUGUGGGGGAGACGGCCGCGCGCCGCGCUGUGCUGCUUGACUCGCUGGAGGUGGCGGCUGCGCUGGCCAAGGCGCUGCUGCCCACGAAGACCAUCUUCCUCAACGCACAGGGCGGGUUGCGCGACGCACAACAGCAGGUGCUGAGCAACGUGAACCUGCCGGCUGACCUGGACCUGGUGAGCAGCGCCGAGUGGGCCAGCCCGCGCGAGCGGCGCCAGGUGCGGCUCAUCGUGGACGUGCUCAGCCGCCUGCCGCACCACUGCUCGGCGGUGGUCACGGCCCCGAGCGCUUUGCUCACCGAGCUCUUCAGCAACAAGGGCUCCGGAACCCUGUUCCAGAAUGCAGAACGUGUGCUGCGUGUGCGCAGCCUGGACAGCCUGGACCAGGCCAGGCUGGUGACCCUGGUCAACACCAGCUUUGGCAAGAGGCUCCGUGACGACUACUUGGCGUCGCUGCAGCCGAGGCUGCACUCGGUCUACGUCUCAGAGGGGUACCAUGCCGCUGCAAUCCUAACGGUGGAGCCGGUGCUGGGGGGCACACCCUACCUGGACAAGUUCGUGGUGAGCGCAAGCCGCCAGGGUCAGGGCUCCGGCGAGAUGCUUUGGGAGUGCCUGCAGCGGGACCUGCAAACGCUCUUCUGGCGCUCUCGGGUCACCAACCCCAUCAACCCGUGGUACUUCAAGCACAGCGAUGGCAGCUUCUCCAACAAGCAGUGGAUCUUUUUUUGGUUUGGCCUGGCUGACAUCCGGGACUCCUAUGAGCUGGUCAACCAUGCCAAGGGGCUGCCAGACUCCUUCUGCAAGCCAGCCUUGGACCCAGGCAGCUGACCCCACUAGGCCUUGAGACUGACACUAGGGUGGACCAGAAACCCCUGUGGGGCUGGCUCAGUCUCAGAGGACACAGCCUGGCUCUGCCCAGAGGGCAGAGGUGGGGCCAGCUGGGGAGGGCCCAACCAAGACCUCAGAGCAAAGCCAGGGCCUCUGUCCUCACUUGGGCCAGGGGCAGUGGCCUCCUGCCAGGCACGGCAGCUCUGCCUAGAGCACCUCCUGUCUCCUGCCACCGCUGCCACUCACUCCAUCAGUGCCUGGGAGCU